GUAAUAAGUCGAAGGCCAUCUUGGAAAACACCCACAUGACAUCAUCUGUUAUUCUAAAAAAUUAAUUAAGUAUUUUAUUGUUUGAUUUCUUUGGUACUUUACGGUCUGAGGCUGAAGAAAGCAAGUCUAUUUCGGAUCAAAUUAUAACACAAAAAUGGUGUGGGGAUUCGUUACUUGCGGCCCUAAUGAAGCGCUCGUCGUCUCGGGAUGUUGCUACAGCAAGCCAUUGCUGGUUCCUGGAGGUCGAGCAUUUGUUUGGCCAGCAAUUCAAGACGUACAAAGGAUAUCUUUGAAUACAAUGACACUGCAAGUAGAAAGUCCCACUGUCUACACAAGCCAAGGAGUUCCAAUCUCAGUCACCGGAAUCGCGCAGGUGAAGAUCCAAGGCCAGAACGAAGAAAUGCUUUUGGCAGCUUGCGAGCAAUUUUUGGGAAAGCCAGAGUUGGAGAUCCAGCAAAUUGCCUUGGUGACUCUGGAGGGACACCAGAGAGCUAUCAUGGGUUCAAUGACUGUCGAGGAGAUUUACAAAGACCGCAAGAAGUUCAGCAAGCAGGUUUUCGAGGUGGCCUCGUCUGAUUUGGUCAACAUGGGCAUCACUGUCGUUUCGUACACGCUGAAAGACAUCCGAGAUGAGGAGGGCUACCUGAAAAGUCUGGGCAUGGCAAGAACAGCCGAGGUAAAGAGAGACGCGCGAAUUGGUGAAGCAGAGGCUCGCAAGGAUGCACAGAUCAAGGAGGCCAUUGCUGAGGAGGAGCGCAUGGCCUCGCGCUUCCUCAACGAUACAGAAAUUGCAAAGGCGCAGAGGGAUUUUGAGCUGAAAAAGGCAGCUUACGACGUAGAGGUGCAGACCAAGAAAGCCGAGGCCGAACUCGCUUACGAACUCCAGGCAGCAAAGACAAAGCAGAGGAUCAAGGAAGAACAGAUGCAGAUCAAAGUUGUGGAGCGUACGCAAGAAAUUGCUGUCCAAGAGCAGGAGAUGAUGCGUCGCGAGCGCGAAUUGGAAGCUACCAUUCGCAGGCCAGCUGAGGCUGAGAAGUAUCGCCUGGAGAAGCUGGCCGAGGCCAACCGCAACCGCGUCAUCCUAGAGGCAGAGGCUGAUGCAGAGGCUGUGCGAGUUCGUGGAGAGGCCGAGGCCUUUGCAAUUGAAGCUAAGGCGAGAGCCGAGGCUGAGCAGAUGGCAAAGAAAGCUGAUGCUUGGAAGGAAUACAAGGAGGCGGCCAUGGUAGACAUGCUCCUGGACACCCUGCCCAAGAUUGCUGCUGAGGUCGCUGCCCCUCUGUCCCAGGCAAAGAAAGUGACCAUGGUAUCCUCCGGCAAUGGCCAGAUCGGCGCCGCUAAGUUGACAGGAGAAGUGCUGGACAUCGUCGUUCGCGUGCCCGAAUUGGUCAAGAGCAUGACUGGUGUAGACAUUCUCAAGUCAGUCCAUGGAGCGUAAUCACGUGACCUCGACAAUAGUGGCAAGUGGCAGCACCACUUCUCUCAGCGGCAGCCAGCGUCCCUCACCCAACCCUAGAUCUGCACCCACUCGCUAACUCAUCUAAUGGCCGUACAAGUCCUCAUCUGAUGAGGCCAUCAUGUCUCUAGUCUAGUUCUGGUCUGUUCUUUAUUACCAUUUGAUACUCAUUCACUGAAAUUUUGAAAGUCACUCCAUGAUGGUGCCAUUUUUUUUUAUCAUAUUGUAACCCAACAAGCGUGGUGUAUUGCAUUUUUGCCCCCGUGUGGUUGCUAAUUGGUAUAGAACCACAAACUUAACGCUGGAUUGUCAAAAGCGUUAUUGUCACUGUUGUUAAAAAUUGUCUAAUCUCCAAGUGUGGCCUCACUGGCAUCACCCGACUAUUGCAUUUCUUCUUCGCUUGAAUGCUUAAAGCAUAUCGUCACUGCUGUGUAAAAUUGUCGGAUCUCUUGAGUGUGGCCUUGCCCAAAUAUGGCAUUGUUUCUUACGGGAAAGUGGAAGGGGAAGAUUGGACAAUUUUCCGCGACAGUGACGACAUAUAAAAUAAUCUGAGCUUUUAUGUAGCACCGAUAUUAUAAAAUAAUUGUGUUUUUACUUGCACACUUUUAGAGAGACACAUUGUACGUUGUGUUGAUAUCCAACCAAAAAGUAUAAAAGCGUAUUUUAUCCAUCAUGCAUUAAACUAAAAAGUGAAAAAUAUUACUUUGAAGUGUUGGAAUAAUUAUCAUAUUUUUUCUCAAUGUUUUAUACCGUCAAGCAUUCCUUCCAAUAUUUAAAUUGUAAGGUUUUUCCUCCAAUUUGCCAGCUGAAAUCUGAAUUGGAAACCUGUGUUUAUUUAUUCUUCUCUGCAAAAAAAAAAGUGCAUGUAAAGAUAGGCAGGGUGCAGGGUCUUAAAUUUUGUGAUCGCAGUCAGCAGCAUUGUUGUAAUCCUGAACUAAACAACAACAAAGUGCACUUGAGAUCGCAACCUUCCUAUCUCACACUAAUUCGAGUACUUUUUUGGUUUGGGAAUUUAUUUGAAGGCCAGUGGCAUAUGGCAAUAUUUAUAAAAUAUAAUAUUUAUAGAUUAUUAUUUUUAUUUUAUGGUACUAAAAGUGAAAUCUGGAUCAAUUUUUCAAUCCUGCCUAUCUUUGAGUCAGUGCAUGAGUAAAGAUAAAAAAUUAUUUUGGAGUUCAAGAGCCGGAACUUUGUCACGUCAGAAGACCAUGGGGAUCCAAGGUAGCAAAAUUAGGCAACCGGCAAGGCUCUAUUUGAAAUUGAAUGUGCAUUUCGGUGCAUUUUACGUUUAACCUUGCCUUUCGAUUAAUGUUUCAAACAUUGGAAAUGAAGAUUCGGGCUUUUCCUCGUUGCAAAAAAUUGUUUUUUAUUCAAAAACAAACGGCUCUACCAGUUUCGGUCACGGUCUGCGACCCUAUUUCAUGAGCAACUAAUACAAUUCUUGUAUUAGUCAGCGAGCAGCGCGUUUGCUCAUGAAAUAGGGUCGCAGACCGUGACCGAAACUGGUAGAGCCGUUUGUUUUUGAAUAAAAAACAAUUUUUUGCAACGAGGAAAAGCCCGAAUCUUCAUUUCCAUGAUCAUCUCCUCGAGUGUCAACUUCUUCAAACAAGUUUCAAACAUUAAAAUGAAUUUGUGUUAAAAAGAAUAAAUACAUUAAAUGGAGGAUGUAAUAUUUUUUAAUGUAAAAUACAUCUUAGGUAUUGCUGGGUAUUGCAAUUUUCAGUGUAAAGUAUUGAUUUUUAAUGCUGCAAAAGGAAGAGCAACAGUAAUUUCAUUGCUUUUGCCCUUUUGUUUUAUGUAUUAAAAAUAAACUGUAAAAAAAUGACGAUU